AGACGACCUCCUUCGGCCACUGCUCCACCCUCCCUUCGUCGCCCGCUUCCGGUGCCGGCAGAGCCGAAAUCGCUCCGACUUCCUUCGCCCGGGACGACCUCCUCCGGUCGCUGCUCCACCUCCCCCAUUCCUCGCUUGCUUCCGGUGCCGGCGGAGCCGAAAUUGCUCCGGUUUCCUUCGCCUGGGAAGACCUCCUCCGGCCGCUGCUCCUUUCGGAGUUCGUCCUCGUUUCUUGCCUCUUCUUUCCCCUUGGUCUGGACCGCGAUUCUGGGGCGAAUUUCGAGCCAGCAUCAGCUCAGGUUAGUUGGCUUGUACCUGCUGUCUGCGCAUUUUCCCGCGUUGCGUUGGUCGUGAUGGUUGGGAUAUGUGACCCGUCCGCAAUUGGCUUCGACCUCGGUGAUCAUCGGUCGGCCUUGAUCUUCGUUUCUUGCUGUUUGAGCUCGAUGCGGCGGUCGUGUCAUCGAAUUGGGGCUACUUUAGCUGGAAAUGAGCAAGUCUGGAACAUGUGCCACUUUCUUAUUAUCUUCAUCCUUCUCUUCUAGCUUAAGCUGCUCGGUUAAUUCUUUUAUAUUCACAGAACUCCAGCAAUUUCAGCUUGGUGAGGUGCUUGAUUCCUGAUGGCAUAGUCUUCAACUAUUUGCAUCGCUGGAUGAUCAAUUUCUCCAGCUUAGACAUCGCUUCCUCCUCUAUCUGUACAAAUGUCAGCUUCUCAAAAUGAUCAAGACCUAAUAUCUCGAGCUUUUGAAACCCUUUAGCCUUGAAGCAUAGUGUUUGCCAAUCAUAAAGCUUUUGAACAGAUUGUUGGUUCUGUCAUCAUCCGCAUCUAUGUAGUAAAGCUUUUGUAUAGAUUGAAGAGCUCCGAUUUGUGCUGGGGUGCUGAAGCCAUAUUUGUAGUGCGUAUAGGAUAGUGACGAGUUCUGUUGUCCAAUUUGAACCUCAUUGUGAAUUGAGCACCGACGAAUUCUAUCUGGCCACACUGAGUUUUGUUAGUCAACUAUGGCUGCAAAGUUCUGAAAAAUGAGCAAGUCUCUAAACUGGAAGUUGCCCUAGUUUCCCUGUUGUGUAGUUAAGAAGGUACAAGGUUGCCUCGAGUUUGGAUGUUGUGGCUAGUGCUUCAUUAAUGAAUUCAAUAAUGUGAUUUAUCUGUUGCCAAUUGUUUGAGAAGCGAUUCCUUGGCAAAUUUCACUGGUCAUUUGAGAGCUAUGGUGAACGGCCCUUGCAAUUGUGUUCAAAUAAUUUGUUGCAUAUCUUCUCAUCAUGUUGCAAUGUCCUACUGAAGAAGUAUUACUCAUAUCACAUCCAGUAAAAAUGCAAGUUGUUGAUUAGUUUUUUUUUUUUAAUAUAUGAAUUAUUGUAAGUUGCAUACAUGCUCGUUCAGGUACUAUCCAUUCCAUUAUGCUCCCUUUGCUUCUGAUCUCAAGGAUUUAGCUGUUCUGGAGAUCACAUUCUUCUUUGGAGAGCCUUUUAAACCAUUUGAUCAGCUCAUGGGAACCUUACCAUCUGCAAGCGCAAGUGCUCUGCCAGAACAGUACAGGAGAUUGAUGACGGAUCCUUCCUCACCAAUCCUUGACUUUUAUCCUUCAGAUUUCGAGAUUGACAUGAAUGGAAAGAAAUCCGCAUGGCAGGUAUGGGUCUAACUUGUCCUGACAUUGUUCUUGCUGUGGCUAUCUUGUGUGAAUAAUGGAAAGUAUAUCUUUCUUGAAUAAGGGUGUUGCCAAAUUGCCGUUCAUCGACGAGAAGAAAUUGCUCACUGAAACGAGGAAACUGGAAGUCUCUUUAACAAAGGAGGAGCAACUUCGAAUUGGUGUGAUGUUCGAUUUGCUCUAUGUUCAUCCGGUUCAUCCUUUGUCACUACAAGUUCAUAUGUACUACCAAUUAAGCUAUCAAUUAGGGCCAUAUGAAAGAUAUCCUGUACCAAUUGACACAAAUGUUAGGACAGUAUGCCUUUUUCUUGCAUAGAAUUUUGUGUGAGAAUUUUGACGAGGCUGCCAUUAGGUAACUUUAUAUUCUGCUGCAUUCAUUUUUUGCGAAUCUUUUACAGCGGUGGAAUGAACGGAUUCCUCUGGCUAAGUGAGAGGAAUGUACUGACCAAUGUAAUUCCUUCGCCUAUCCAUGGAUUGGAGGAUAUUGUCAACAAUCAAGUAUAUAAUGUUACUUAUCUCAAUCCUGCAAAGCACAAGCACAUCCCCAGACCACCUGCUGGUGUUGUCAUUCCUCCAAAGGUUUUAGGACCUUUGGAUACCAAGCCAUUCCCUGUGUUAUGGCAUGAAGAUAACAGUGGUAGGCGCCAGAAUGGAAGAGAAAGGCCAUCAGUACCUGGAGCAAUGGUCGGUCCAAUGCUGGGAGAAGCAGCUCAUCGUCUUGUUAAGAGUACACUAAAUAUCAAGUUGAACAACAAUCAAUCCUCUGGCAUCUUGGAACCACCACGCAAUCGAAACUUUCUAGGAUAUUAUGCAGUUAAUAGACCAAGACCAGCUGCUCCCUCUGGGUACGAAAGGGGCUUCAGUGAAGAUACCCACCAGUACCAUGGGAAUCACAACUACACUAUUAUUUGAAGUCAGUUUAGAUUAGGGGAGGGAUUGUUUAUAUUGAAACUCCAUUAUUGUAGAUUCUCUUUGGAGCUGCAAUGUUAAAUAUAUAUUUUAGCAA